CGUGCAACAAUGCUCGUCGACUGUGGUGACGAUUCUUCUUCCCCAUAUGGCUUUAAGUGAACAAUACCAGUUAGGACCUUUUGGCUGCCCUAUCUUGCUUGGUUCGUCAUGCGUGCAGCAAUGCUCGUCGACUGUGGUGACGAUUCUUCUGCUGCUGCAGCAGCAGCAGGACAAUCCAUAUGGUAACCUCAAGUGCGUCGGACGGCUUAUCGCCGUUGAAUCUUCCCAGCGUUUGUACUCGUCCGCGUGCACAACUGCCGCGCCAAGAGUUUUUGUUCCUCUGUUGCACGCCGAGAAGGACUAUUGACUGCGGAAUGAAUGAGCAGGCUUCUGGGAUCUGUUCAGCUUCGAAUAUCAGUUGCGAAUCAAAUGCAAAAGUUGGCGUGCCCUUACGAAUGGUCUGCUUGAGAUAAAUGCUCCAUGCGACAGCCUAUGCGAGGCGCCAAUUCAGGAGAAUUGCCCACGAGUAUGAGGCUGAGGCUUUUGAUUCACCUUAGCACAGCUCAAUUGGAUGCACUUUAGCGUCUGUCUAUGAAACAGGAUAUGAUAGUUCGACUUGGAACAUGUCGGACAGUUGUAGUGGACCAAGCUAUGCUUUUUGUCACCACUCAGGGGACGAUGGAUACUGAACCUCAGCUGUAGAGUUUCGAGUUCAGAGAAUUCUGAAAUUGGGACCUAUAUACCAGGAAGUUUUACAUCUAAGGAGGAAUUAUUAUGGAGAUGGGACUAGGAGCCACUGUUUUUAGUGCCUGCAAUGGCUCCGUUCUGAUAGCUGGGGCAUCUGUAGAUAUGGUGCGCGCCGCUCCCACGUCUUUUUUGCGAGACAGAAAAGUGCAAAGAAGUAACAGAUCUUUGGAUCAGAUUCACACCACAUCUGUGACCCAAUGCUCGACUUCUGGAUUUGGUCAAGUUUCGGUCGGUAGUUCAAGUUUUCAUCAGCGGCCUCGAAGACGUGGUAAAUGUGGUCGUGCUACCAGGAGAGUCGAACCACUCGUAGACUAUGGGUCUGUUAUUGUCCCAGUAGAGUGCGAAGAAAACGAGGAGGAAGUAGUUCUGUGGCUGGCUCGUAGUAAUCGUCAAAGUCGAGAUAGACCAGUGGAUUCUGAUAAUGACAUUUUGGCCCAGAAUUCUUUGUCCAUUUCUCAAGAGAUUAGGCAAGAAAAUGAUACGCCAGGGAGCAACGAAUGCAAUGUGGAAGGUGGUACAGACCGAUUUAGUGGAACGGAAAAUUGCGGCAAUGACUUAAUCGGGACGUCUUUGAUUCAAAGGAACGGUGUUUCUGUUUCUCUUGAUUCUUCUGAAGAUGGUGAAACUUCAAAAUCAAGAGAGGGAGGAUGGAGAGGCCUUGGUUUAGAUGCAGCUGGUGAAACUAGAAAAUCUGGUAUUCCAAAGGCAUUUCUACUGAAAAAACCAAAGCGGAACGUGAGGACAGUUAAGCGAGAAGAAGUUUCUGAUAUUCCAACUUUCCCAUCUCCAGAUGUUUCCAAACGUGAUGAGACGGAGCAAGAACUAACCAGUGCGUCUGGUGUUGGAGAAACUUACUUGAAAGAUAGUCUUUUUAGAUCCCUUGCAUCACCCCAGAGUGGAAUUGAUAGGGCUACAGCUGUGGAAAAAUACUUUGGGGAUGAACUCAGGGGAACGUCGGGUGUGGUAAAUUCAUCACCAAGGAGUGAUAACCUUGAAAUUGAAGGAGCUGGCGGCUGGGCUGGUAUUUCUAGAAGUCCUGCUGUAUCGGAAGGAGGGGAUAGAUUAAAGAUAAAUCUUGACCUGGAGCUGUACAGAGCAAGAACUUUGAGGCAGAAAGGGAAAAUGAUUGAGGCCGAGGCGAUACUGUCAAAGUGCAUUAGGAAUUGGCCAGACGACGGUAGGCCUUAUGUAGCUCUUGGGAGGCUGCUCGUCAAACAGAACAAAGUACAGGAGGCCAGGGCUGCUUAUGAAAGAGGUUGUCAAGCAGUACGGGGCGAAAACGCAUACAUAUGGCAGGCAUGGGCUAUCUUAGAAGAAAGAGCUGGAAAUCUAGCAAAAGCGAGACAGCUUUUCGAUGCAGCAACUGUGGCUGAUAAGAAACAUGCAGCAGCCUGGCAUGGAUGGGCGAAGUUAGAACUUCGUGCAGACAACGUGAAACGAGCAAGGUCUUUGCUGAACAAAGGGCUCAAGUUUUGUGGAGCAAAUGAGUAUCUUCUUCAAACUCUAGCUCUUAUAGAGUCCAGAGCAGGAAAGCUGGAGCAAGCUCGAUCUCUUUUGGCCAGAGCCACUCAGCACAACCCAAAGAGUGCAGCCAGCUGGUUGGCUUGGGCGCUGAUGGAAUCGCAAAAUGGCCUUCAUGAAACUGCACGACGAUUGUUUCAGAAGGGUAUCGUAGCCAGCCCCAAGAAUCGGUAUGUCUGGCAGGCCUGGGCAUUAUUUGAGGCUAGGCAAGGAAACAAGGAGCGCGCAAGGGAGCUGUUUCAAAGAGGGCACGAACUCAACCCUAAAGAUGCAGUAUUGCUUCAAGCUUUUGCCCUGUUUGAGUACGAAUGUGGUCGAACAGGUUUGGCCAGAGAUUACUUCCGACGCGCUCUGGUGUGUGACUCGAGUCACCAGCCGGUUUGGAUAGCUUGGGGGUGGAUGGAGUGGAAGCAGGGAAAUAUUGGUGUCGCACGUGAGUUGUAUCAAGGAGCUAUUCAGGCAGAUUCUAGGAGUAUGGAUGCAGCUCGUGCUUUCCAGGCUUGGGGAGUUCUCGAAGACAGAGAAGGAGACAGUGGGCUCGCGAGGGAGCUGUUUAAAUGUGCCUUAAAAAUCGACUCUCAGAGUGUUCCCACUUGGAUGUCUUGGGCUGCGAUGGAAGAACGAGAAGGACGAUCUGUGAGAGCAGAUGAGAUUCGCAACCUCUUCUUACAACAGCGGACCGAGGUGGUGGAUGAAGUUCCUUGGGAUGUCGAUCUGUCAGAUAUGCUUGCUCCAGCUAUCGACAAAAUCAAGGGAUUUUUUAGAGUAAAUCAGCGGCCAAGUGAACGGAACGACGGUUCGAGCGAUUUUGAGGACAGAGGUACUGAAGGUCUGAACUUGGCCGGAGGGACAACAGGAAUGGACUCCCAAAGUUUUGUAAAUGAUGAAGAGUUCGACGUCGAGCGUUUUUUAAGGGAAAAGUUCCCGUGGAAGUAUGGCUCGAGAGACCUGCUGAAAUCGACCGCCGUUUUAGAGGCAAUAGAUAGGUCUCUGAAAAGACAAUCACGCGAUACAGGCAGAGAGGAAAGACUUGACAUCUUCAUGAACAACGAAGGGCCAAGAAAGUGGAAGUAAGACGAAUUGUAUCAUAUGUAGGGCUAGAGCUCGUGCCGCACGGUUGCAAUAUUCAAGUAACUGGUGAGAGACCCUGUAGACAACGCAAUGGAAUUGAGGAACGGUGCACGUUUGCAAACCUGCCCAAAUUUUUUUUCGUGAAUAUCACGGCGAGUAUGCUUUGACCGCUACUUGAACAUUUUCAAAGAAGAUGGAAGGUCAGGGGGUAAAACUUCCUUGCGGAAACAAAGCCAGUACCCGUUUUUUUUGACUCUUUUCUUGUAUUAUACAAACCGUGCUCAUCGGGAACAAGAUCCUAAGGUGAUGAUUCCACCUCAACUUCGCGGGGAUCACGG